GGCGUCCGCUGCCUCCCGUCCCGGGCCGGCAACGAACUACCUCGGGCCUGGCCCAGCCAGUGUUUGUAGAUAGAAGGAGUAAAAGACCCGAGCGAUGGUGGCUACAAAUUAAUUCAGGUAUGCAUGCUUGCAUUCACUGAUCCAUGCUUUCACCCAGUCACCAAAUAUUAUUGCGCACCUGCUUCCUGCCAGGCACUGAGCGGACGGACAGUAGUGAGCAAGACAGCCGCCGAACCUGCUCUCCCGGAACUUACAACCUAGGACCAAACAGGAAAAUCCUCAUGUCCUAAAAGACAAGAUAUUUCAGUAUCCAUAAGAAGUCAGAUUUCUUUAUCCUUUUGAUGGACAUUUAGGUUGUUUCUAGUUUCUGUUAUGAGUAAAGGUCCUAUGACCAUUCCUGUACAUGUCUUUGUGUGGAUAUAUGUUUUCAUUUCCCUUGGGAGUGGAGUUGCCAGCUCAUGUAAUAAAUUUAUGUUUAACUUUAUGAGGAGCUGCCAAACUGUUUUCCAAAAUGGUUGUUCUAUUUUACAUUUCCAAAAUCAACGUGGGAUAGUUGGAGUUUCUGGGGAUCUCCCAGACUUGAUCAUGUCCGUCUUCUUAACAUGAGUUAGCCAUUCUAAUAGGUGCAAAGUGGUAUGUUGUGGUUUAAUUUGCAUUUCUCUGAUGGUUAGUAACCUUGACAAUCUUUUCAUGUGCUUAUUGGCCGUUUGUAUAUCUUCUUGUGUUAAGUGUCCAAGUCUUUUGGCAAUUUUUUUUUAAAUCCCAUUAUUUGUCUUAUUGAAUUGUAAGAGUUCUUUAUAUAUUUUGGAUACAAGUUCUUUAUCAGACUUCUCUAUUGCAAAUAUUUUCUCUCAGAAUGUGUCUUGUCUUUUCAUUUUCUUAAUAAUGGUGCCUUUUGAAGAGCAGAAAAUUUUAAUUUUGGUGAAUUUGCAUCAUAUUCUAACAGCAGAAUAUUGUUGUUAAUUGCCUUCCUGUUGAAUCCUAAUCGUGGUGACCUCAUGUAUGCAGAGUCGAACUGCUCCACAGGGUUUUCAAGGCUGUGACCUUCCAGAAGCAGGCUGCCAGGCCCGAGGCACCUCUGGGUCAAUUCUAACUGCCACCCUUUUGACUAGUAGUCAAACGCUUAACUGUUUGCGCCACCCAGGGACUCCAGUAGAAUAUUACCCAGCAAUAAAAAUGAACAAAUCAUCAAAUGAUACAGCCAAGUUGAAAAACAGUUUGGCAAUUCCUCCAAGUAUUACACAUAGUUACCAUAUGACCCAGCAAGUCCAUUCCUGGGUAAAUACCCAAGAAAAUUGUAAACAUUAUGCUAAGUGAAGGCCGCAUAUUAUAUGAUCCAUUAAUAUGAAAUGUCCUACAUAGGCAGAAAGAAGAUUAGUGGUUACCAAGGGCUGGCGGGAGGGGGAGUGGGGAGUGAUUGCUAAGGUAUAUGCGGCUUCUUUUGGGGGUGAUGAAAAUAGGAUAAAAUUAAUGAUGAUAAUUGUACAACUCUGUGAAUAUACUAAUGUAUACUUUUGUUAAUGUUUAAUACACACAACAACAUGAAUGAAUUUUAAAAAUAUGCUGAAAGAAGCUGUUCACAAAAGAGUAAUACGAUAUGAUUCAAUUUACCUGAAGUUCUAAAACAGGCAAAAACAAUCAGUGGUGAUACAAAUCUGAUCAGUAGUUACUUGGUACAAAACCCCAAAAACUAAACUCGCUUGCUGUGGGGUCAAUUCCGACUCACAGUGACCCUAGAAGACAGGAUAGAACUGCUCCAUUGGGUUUCCAAGGAGCGGCUGGUAGAUUCAAAACUGCCAACCUUUUGGUUAGCAGUUGAGCUCUUAACCGCUGUGCCACCAGGGCUCCUUCUUGGUACAGGGAAUGGGGAAAGGAGUGACUGUAAAGGGGCACAUGGAGUCCAUGGGUGGUGCAAACUUUUAACCCACUCGGCUGCUAACUGAAAGGUUGAAGGUUCAAGAAUACCCAGAGGCUCCUCAAGAGAAAAACUGUUGAAAACCGAUGCGGCACAGUUCUAGUCUGACACACACAGGAUCACUAUGAGUCAGAAUCAACUAUACAGCAGCUGUUUUUUUUUUUUUUUUCUUUUUAAGUAACUUGUUAAUACUCAUGGAACCAUACACUUAAUAUGUAUGCAUUAAAUUGUAUGUAAAUUCUUCCUUCCGUAAAGUUAACUUAAAAAACAGAAAGCAAACAGAUUUCUGUGUAAAUUAGGCAGUACGGUAUAGUCAGCAGUGGCUCCCGACCUUCCCCAUAUCAUGGCACCCUUAGGGUGCCAGCUUUACUUGAAAGCAUUUAGAGUUCCUGGGUGGGGUGCUCCGGACCCAAGGAUCCCAGCCAAGUCUCUGGUCGCCCCAGACCUGGCUGAGGGGAUCAGUGCCUGCCAGGGACAUGCUGCUUGGGAAGCCCUGUGAGGUGGUCAACACAGGGUACUCUCGGGUCAGACUGGCCUCUGUUCAUAAAUGCCUGUAUGACCUUGCAUAAGCCAGCUAAUCUCUCAGUGCCUUCCUUUCCUCAUCUGUAAAAUCAGGACGGCAAUAACACUUACCUCAAAAGAUCGUGCACAUGAUUAAAUGAGAUAGCAUGUAAAAGUCCCUAGCUUCUACCUGGCAGAGCGUAAUUAAUCAAUGACAACUAUCUUCAUAAAAGGGGACAAGAGCUGUCAGACCAUUUAAUGAGAACAUAACAUUUCUCUGGCUGGUAAAGUUUCUUGUUUGAGUUAUCCUAACAAAAAAAAGAGAGAGAGAGAGACUAAAGUUUUACAUCUUGGGCAGCCCAAGUUCUCAUUCUAAAAUACAAAUGAGCCCCCAGCAAUGUCCAGUCUGGCACCAGAAGUGUCUGGAAUUGCUGUACUGAAUUUUCAUUGCAUCUGUCACAGCACUUUUGUGUCUGUCUCUACAGUGCUACCCCUGCCAACAUCCUCCUGCUUCUCCAAGGGGAUCAGAGAGAACCCCACAAUUAGAAGAGUGCAAAAAGAUAGCAGUAGAAUGGGGGUAUCUUCCACCCCAUUCCUCCUCCCUCCUCUCUCCCUUCUGUCCCCUGGCGCCUAUAAUCACCAGGCCGGUCUGAGGCUAAGUGGUAGUUUGCCCUUGAUGGGGGGGCCUGGAAACCACACCCCUCACCCAGGAGCCCUCCUGGCCAUUCCCACCAUCGCGGUCUCCUCCAUUGCUGAGAUGGGUCUGAAGGGGGCAUGGUGCUUCCCAUGGUGUGGGUGCCGGAGACAGCGGAGGACUGAAAGAGGAGCAGGCCUCGAUCCAGCUGCCCCUGCAGAUCCCAGCCCACCCACGGCCCCCAUGGUGGCUGAGGGCGGGAUACCCUCCCCAGAGGCUCCUGGUGCCUACUUCAGCAGGAAAGCCAGACUCUCCUUCCGCCACCAGCUGCACGACAUAGCAUCAGCCAAUGACUCCACCAUUUGAAGGGGACAACCAGGGCUGAACCUCCAGGAGACCUUGGCAACCCUCCUUCCCCUACUCCUCAGCCAUCCCAGUGUCUAGCUCCCCCCCUUCAUGACUGUCUCAUGAAAUACAUUUGGAGUUGCCAAGUGUGUGUGUAUGUGCCUGUGUGGGGAAGCAGGGAGUCCACGGGGGCCAAGGCACAAGACAGGGGCUGGGUUAUGGGGCUGAAGUGGCAAGUGCACCAUAGGGUGGGGUGGGCACAGAGGAGCUGGUGAAUAUGAGGCAGCAGAUCUAAUGCAGAGCCCAGAUGUGGUUAGCAGGAGGUAAGAGUUUACUAAAAUCAAGCUUCAGAGUUGGGUGUGGUGCAGCGGUUUGGGGAGGUUGGGGGCUGGGCAUUUCAGCAGAUGGUACUAGGGAGCAUAUAUAUUCAUUCCAUAAAUAUCAGUGUCUACUCCUUGCUAGGCAAUGAGGAUAUACUAGUGAACUAGGGAGAAAGAGUUCUCUCCUUGCUGAGCUUACUUCCCGGCAGGGAGAGGUAGACAAUAAACAAGUAAAUAAAUAAGCAUAAUACUAGACAGCGAUGUGUGCUGCGGUAAAGAAAAUUAAAUAGGGUAAGAUGAGGGUAGGAGCCCUGGUGGUGCAAUGCUUAAAGUGCUCGGCUGCUUCAACCCAUCAGCAGGUCCGAUGGAGAAAAGGCCUGGUGAUCUGCUCCGGUAAAGAUUAACAACCUAGGAAACCCUAUGGGGCGGUUCUGCUCUGUUCUGUGAGGUUGUGAUGAGUCCGAAACAACUGGAUGGUACGCAGCAGUGUGAGAGUGUGUGGGGGCGAAGGGUGGAGCUUCAUUUCCAGUGGUCAGGAAGGGCCUUCCUGAUGAGGUGACAUUUGAGCUGAGUCCUGAGCGAUGAGUCAGCCAUGUGGAAAUUGGGGGAAUCGGGGAACAACAGUCCCACUAAGAAAAAAGAGCAAGUUUAAGUGCAAAGACCCUGAGGUUUUAGGAACAGAAAAGCCAGUGAGUCCUGUCAAGAUUGAGGGGAACUUCCAGGCCAUGGUAAGAAGCUAAAACAUUAUUUUCUAGGUGGAUUGGUAAGCCACUGAAGAAUGUUAAACAGGAAAACAACAUGAUCUCACUUAGGUUUAAGAGAGAUCACUGGUUGCUGUGUGGGGAAAGGACUGGAGAAGGGCAAAUGUGGAAGCAGGCCAUUUAGGAGGUUGUCUUCAUCCAGGUGAAAGAUGGUCAGGAAGCAGCGUGGAGACAGUGAGAGUUAGAUUCUGGGUAGUGCCAACAAUUAAUGCACUCGGCUUCUACUCAAAAGGUUGGAGGUUUGAGUCCACCCAGAGGCACCUUGGAAGAAAAGUCCUGGCAAUAUACUUGCAAAAAAUUAGCCACUGAAAAUCCUGUAGAGCACAAUUCUACAGACACACAUGGGAUUACUAUGAAUUAGAGUCAACUCCACAGCAGCUAGGUUUUAGAUAUACUUUUAUUAGAGUUUCCAGGACUUACUGUGAGAUUGAAUAUGGAGUGUAAAAGAGGAAUCCAAGAUGAUGCCUUGGGAGAGGGAGAACCGGGAGAACAGGUUUUGGAAGGAAAAUCAAAAGUAUUGCAUUGGUUAUUUUAAGUUUAAGAUACAUGUCUCUGUUUUUUACUUAAUCCAGGCCCUCUCCACCUCCUUAGGACCUUAGAAGCCUCCUGUCUACCUUCCAAAAGCCUCCACGGUGAUUUCACUCUAGAACAAGCUUCCCACAGUUCCCUGAUUCAUAGGCUGGAGAAGCGACUGAGGGAAAUUGAGAAUGUUAGUCACUGUCAUGGAGCACUACUGAGCUCCUUUAGGUCCCUGGCUUGAAUGGGGACAGGUUUGGAGGGGCCAGAGUCCACCCUCAGCCUCCCUUUCAAGGGGCUGAAGAUUACCUUACCAUCACACCCGCCACAGGAAUGGUGGCUGCCCUCUUCUACCCAAAGUUCAUCUUCAACUCCAUCGGCAGAAAGGGUCCCCCUUUCUCCCAAGUCAAGGAAGCUGUUCUGCUGCUCUUGACUGUAAGAUGAGGUGACAGAGGUGAGUGUGGAGAGAGUGGACCAUGAGGCUAGGUCAGAGGCGACCUGGAGUCUUUCUGGCCUUAAGGCCAGUAGCCACCCAUGAUGACUGGCAGGAAGCAGGCUGAGGGCAGGUGACCCCCGUCUCAGGAUUCUGAGAUCCACCUCAGGCUUGAACAGAAGGGGGUGGAUCAUUCAUUGGUAGCAACCAUACUCUGGUGGCACAAGGACGUGGAUAUGGCAGGGCAAAGGAAGUAUGGGAAAAGGUGGUCUGGAGAAAGGCUUGAAAACUACCCGUCCAGAGGCUUAGUGGAGAAUGGGCCUUCAUAAACUUUUGUAUUCUUUCUGACUCUCUCCAAGCUCAAUGUAGUAGUCUGCACAAACAGGAGUGGGCCAGACCAAGUUCAGGCUUAAGGUCAAGAAAAGAAUCCCAAGUCACACAGAUUCUGACAA